UAACUAUACCACACAGCAUGUGAGCCAUCCCUAGCCAUAGAAGAGAAACGUGCCUUACCCAAUAACACACACCUCUGAUCUCUUCCGGUCCGCCGGAGAUCGAUCGAUCGAUCGGUCGACCACCGUCGCGGAAGUUUCUGGAAUCUUCUGGGAGGCUGUACGCCCUUUGGGAUUCCGGCGGAAUGCAGGACUUCCGUCCCUUUUCCGGCCGCGUCUUCGGCGGUGGCGGAUGGCCGGCGGCGCAGCACCAGCAGCAACCGGCGAAGUGCCCCCGUUGCGAGUCGACCAACACCAAGUUCUGCUACUACAAUAACUACAACCUCGCGCAGCCCCGGCACUUCUGCAAGGCCUGCCGCCGGUACUGGACCAAGGGCGGCGUCCUCCGUAACGUCCCCGUCGGCGGCGGAUGCCGCAAGUCCAAGCGCCCAUCCUCCUCCUCCUCCUCCAAAGCCACCUCGCAGCCUUCCGCUAACGCCGACGCCCCAUCCGACAGCCCCCGGCAUCGCCGCCCCCGCCUUCUUUCCUUCUCCUCCGAUUCGAUAACCGACAUCUCCGCGGUGGUCGCCACUCCCUCCUCCGUCCCUGUCUGCGAUCCGACUCCCCCCGACCCUCCCCCGGAGCCCUUGGCCCCUCCUUUUUGCCCGGCGCCCGAAAUCUUUCCGGAUCCGCCGCCGAUGGGGCUCGGCUUCUCCGAUCCGCCGCGGGCCAAAGCGAAGGCCGCACCGUCCGUGGAUCAGGCUGUGCCAGCGGAUCCGACGCCGCGAGGCGGCGGCACGGUGGCCUGGGCGGGCGGCGGUUUGGAUCCCCAACUCUUCGAUCUCGCCAGCGCUGUCGAUCCCUCGGCGUACUGGAAUCAGAGCCAUUGGAUGGACGCCGACCACACUCUAUAUCUCCCUUAGCGCGCAAUCCGACCGUCCAACGACUUAACGACUACCACUUGAAGGUAAUAUCUUUUCCAUGGCUCGUGGAUACCAGUAAUCGCGAUUUACGCUUUGAUUAGCGGAGUGUUAUGCAUCAUAAGCUAGUUUAAAAAGUGGUUAGGGUUUGAGUCGGAAGAGAUCCCAGGGGCAGGCUUGAUUUGCGCAAACCGCCCCCAUUAAUACCUAUUAAUGGCGGACGGCGACUCGCCAAGUCGAACGCGGAGGAUGGUGGCCUGCCCCGUCGGCGUCGGAACGGACGGCGGGCAUUGAUGGGCCUGCUCCAAGUGCUGCAACAAGCUUAAUUUAAUGGAUUCGGAUCAACUUAAUGCAAUGCUUACGUGGUUUGGUUUGUAAUCCUCGAUAAAUAUUGAUAUUUCUGAUACGAUAUGUAAGGCGUGCUUGCUUGCAUAGAUCGUCAUUAUAUCCUACUUUAUGAACAACUAGUGAUAAUUUAUAGUUACUUACCGUGGUCAGCUCAUUCUAUACUUGUUUGCUGUGAUUGCUCUCUCUCUCUCUCUCUAAACUGAUUCUUCUUUGCGAUGCUUUGUUGAUUCCAGUGCUAGCUCUUCGACACACUCAUGCAGGCAUGGCUGUCCGUCAUAUGAAGGCUGCAAUCUUUCAUGGGCAGCGCCAAAAUGAUCAGUUUGGUUGCGGCAGCUUCUCGUGUGCCUCUGAGUUCUUCAUCAUCCUCGGAAAUGUUGGAAUUGCUGGCCUUCUUCUGUGUUUUUUUCCCCAUAGAAAUGUUGUCUUAGCAUUGAUAGAUCUUGCGCUGUGUAAACUUGGUUUCGACUAGUAUCAACUUGCGUGAACAAUACCGUCCUC